AUGAUCUACCUGCUCGCCCUCAUUCGCACUCUCGUCACUUUCUCCACCGUUUAUGUCCCUAGAUUUAUCUAUACCGUAGUCACAUAUUCCUUUACUCUCCAGCUCACCUUCCCCUACCUAGUGACAAUCUUCGUCCUCCUUCUCCUCACGAUCUCAGUCUCGUUACAUUACUUCUACUUCGCUAAGUACCGGAAUCUCAAGGAAGAGCCUCUACAGAAGGGAGACGCCAAAGAGCUCCACCCCGAUGUGGUCUCCGAUACCCCACCUAACUUCCACAGCUACCUGGACGAGUUUCUCCAAGCUGUACGCGUCUUUGGCUUCCUAGAGCGGAAUGUGUUCCAUGAGCUUGCUCGGCAUCUCCAAACCCGGAGGCUCAUCGCCGGGGAUACAAUCUCCCUCGACUCGGACCAUUCGUUUUACGCUGUGAUCGAUGGACUUGUUCAGGUUUACGCACAGCAGGGAACCUCUUCCUCUGGACACGACACCGGUGGAGCACUGGAUGAUGACGGGGACCUCAACGGCUACCAGCUGCUAAACGAAGUCUCCUCUGGGGGCACGAUCAGCAGUUUGUUCACCAUACUCUCCCUGUUUACCGAGGACGUUCCUAUCUCCUGGCCUGAACCUCAAGAUGAAGAUGAUGACCAGUCGCUCGCACUCGCACUCGCCCCGAACAGGCAGACAGUCUCGCCUCUCUCGCUCUCCAUUGGCACUCAGGGGCAGGGCACAGACACCGAUAUUCCCCGUUUCUCCCUCGCGAGGCGAGACACCAGCUCCACCUCAGGUAGCGCAGAACCGAGUGAGGCAGACGCAGCCACAGUAACGGAGCUGGACGAGCCACGCGUCCGGAUCCGUCCUCCUUCUAUGUCCUCAGGGCGUGCCACUCCCCCCAAGUGGCCAGAUUACCGUCGUUCCAGCUCUCUCCCACACGACGUGAGACAUGGGACCGUCGCCCGUGCCGCGACCGAUACGACUCUAGCCGUUAUCCCUGCUGAAGCCUUCCGCCGGCUGACAAAGAACUUCCCUAAAGCCUCGGCUCAUAUCGUCCAGGUCAUCCUCACGCGUUUCUCCAGGGUAACGUUCAACGUCGCACACAAGUAUCUGGGGCUGACCACCGAGCUCCUGCGCACCGAGAAGGUCAUCAACGACCUCGCGUGCCAUCCCCUCCCCGCGACGUUCUACGAAGGCGGGGGGAUGCAGCGAUUGCGCCAGCGGUUCGCACCGGAAUUGGACACGGACAAGUCCUCUAGUACGGAGACGGAUUACUUUGCGUAUGAUCCUGUAGCCAGCCCCACUGCGAGGAAUACGCCGUUCUUGAGAACUAUGCCAGCAUUGGCGACGACGAAGAUCGCCGAUCGUGUCAGCUCCGCGCCUACCAUCUCCUUUAAGGCCCCCCAGACACCCGCCUUUCCAGCCCGCGCCUCUCUUAGCCAAGUCGGAGCAGGAGAUCUGUUCAGUAUGACCCGCCCCGCCCCAGAGUACUCUGGCCUCUCCCGCACAGCCAGCGGCACUGCUACUCCCUUCCUCGGCCCCCGCCGUCGGGGAAAGAGUGAUACCAGCACGAGUCCUUCCAUAGACCUAGCAGCACUGACGAUGGACGACUUUGACCUCCGGGAGGAAGUGAUGACUUGUCUUGCACGGUCGAUUGGGCUGCAGCAGCCUGGGCCCUCGGGCUCAGAGAGUGCGGAGCCUAGUCCGGCUGUCAGCCCAGCUACGAAUGGACUAGGUGCGUAUGGGUCUCCAUUAGGCCCGUUGACAGCACUCGGUAUGCCCGGGGUAGACGACGCGAGCAGCGUGACUGGCCAGAGUGCGGCCAAUAUGAGCCUCGGUGCAGCGGGUGUGGUGGAGAACGCGGUAGAGAUACUGUACUUCAGCGCUGGGAGCACGCUCGUCCAUGCCGGAGAGCGGAAUGCGGGGUUGUUCUUCGUCAUCGACGGGUUUUUGGAAUGUUUCCUUCCCGUCGAGGACUGGGAGAGGGACAAGACCGCUAACAUGACGGCCGCUAAUGGCGAAGCGGGGAUGAAGCCGUUCUUGACUGCCCAGCCUCAGGCGGAUCCACGCUUGAACAAGGGCUUUAUGCCUGGGAAGAAGAAACGGUCUAUGAGCUCCAAGUACCUGUUUACAGUAAAACGUGGCGAGAUAGCCGGAUAUUUAUCGGCAAUGUCCGGUAUCCCGUCCUACAUCGAUAUCAGGGCGAAGACGGACGUAUAUGUGGGAUUUUUGCCUGCUCAUGCGCUUGAGCGACUGCUGGAACGACGGCCAAUCGUGCUUCUCACCCUUGCGAAGCGGCUGAUCUCCCUUCUGUCUCCUCUCGUGCUACAUAUCGACUCCGCCCUGGAUUGGAUGCAGGUCAAUAGUGGACAAAUCAUUUGGCGAGAAGGCGACGCCAGUGACAGCUUCUAUAUUGUCAUCAAUGGUCGGCUGCGGGAAUUGGAUGACAAAAUGGGCGACGACGUCGAGAUACUCGCUGAGUACGGUCAGGGAGACUAUGUCGGAGAACUGGACGUCAUCACUGGCUCUCCGCGGAAUACGACUCUGCACGCUAUUCGUGACACUGAGCUUAUCCGCAUGCCAUUAACGUUGUUCAACGCCAUUUCGGCAAGACAUCCUCAAGCUACUGUACAGCUUUUGAGGAUGAUUGCCUCGCGCAACAAGGCGGAAUCUCGGCCUCAUACCAUUGGCGUUGGGCACGCGCCGUCACUGGGCAUGGCCCAUGAGCUUGCCAAGAAUAACAUGAAUCUCAAAACGGUCGGCAUACUCCCUGUAUCGAAAGAUAUCCCCAUUACGACGUUUGCCAAGAAACUCCAGGCGGCCUUGGAAAGCAUCGGGGCGCCCACUUCCUAUUUGGACCAGAACGUCGUCACUACCCAUCUGGGCCGGCAUGCGUUCACGCGAGUUGGUAAGCUCAAACUCGCAGGAUGGUUCGCCGAUCAAGAACAGCGAUAUCGAAUCGUGUUGUACGUUGCGGAUACGCCCGUCAGCUCUCCAUGGACGCAGACAUGCAUCCGCCAAGCCGACUGCGUGCUCAUGGUCGGAUUUGGCGAUGAGCCCAGCGUGGGCGAGUACGAGCGUGUUGUGCUAUCGACCAAGACGACCGCUCGAAAAGAGCUUGUCCUCCUCCACCCCGAACGGACUGUCACGCCUGGAUCCACACGCGAAUGGUUGAAGAAUCGCAGCUGGGUACACAUGCACCAUCAUGUCGAACUGCCAGGGUUGGUCGUCCCUGUUCUGCAAACACCCAUUGUGCCACCAAAGGACAAUGAUGCCAAGGCGAUGGCCGCGUUCCGAAUGCUCAAAGAGACAGUGCAAAGCGGAAUCCAACGUUAUCGUCAUCUAGGAUAUGGGUACAAACCGCGGCCGACACGGCCAGACCAUACGACCGAUUUUGCCCGUCUCGCCCGCCGCCUAUGUGGGAAGAGCGUUGGGAUCGUCCUUGGCGGUGGCGGCGCGAGAGGCUUGGCACAUCUGGGUGCUCUUCGUGCGCUGGAGGAACAAGGCGUGCCGAUCGAUUUGAUUGGAGGCACCAGCAUCGGCUCGUUUAUCGGUGGUCUGUAUGCUAGGGAAGGCGACUUGUUUUCCAGCGGGGGCAGAGCUAAAUGGUUCUCUGCGCGAAUGACGAACGUGUGGAGGAUAUUGUCAGACGUCACUUGGCCCGUGAUUGCCUAUACAACUGGGCACGAAUUCAACAGAGCGAUAUACAAAUGUUUCUAUGAUGUUCAUAUCGAGGAUAUGUGGAUCCCAUUCUUCUGCAACACUGUGUCCCUCAACUGGUCGAGGAUAGAGAUCCACGAUACUGGGUACGCGUGGCGAUAUAUCCGAGCAUCCAUGACGCUUGUUGGCCUGUUGCCCCCUCUGAGUGAUCACGGGAAUAUGCUGGUUGAUGGUGGCUACAUUGAUAAUCUUCCUGUAUCGACCAUGCUGCAGAAAGGCGCCAAUAUCGUGUUCGCCGUCGAUGUGGGCGGUGUGGCCGAUACCUCUCCGCGCUUCUUCGGUGACUCGAUCUCGGGCUGGUGGAUCCUGCUCAAUCGGUGGAACCCCUUCUCGGAAUCGAGGAAGAUCCCCCCGAUCACUGAGAUCCAGGGGCGACUUGCAUACGUCUCUUCUGUUCGCUACCUCGCAGAAGCGAAGCACCUUCCGGGCUGCAUGUACAUGCCACUUCCGGUACAGCAGUACGGCAUCAUGGACUUUGCAAAGUUCGGCGAGAUCCAGAAGAUUGGCCUCGUGGGGGCGCGGGAGAUGCUCAAGCUAUGGGGCGAGCAAGAUAAGCUGCCUAUUCCGAGGGCGGAUGAGGACAGCAAGGGAGGCGAAGAGAAGAGGGGCAAGAAGGGAAAGAGGGAGAGGAGGAACUCGAUAUGAUCGUAUGUGAGAUGAUGGAAGGCGUUCAAGUGCUCUAUGAAUUUGCAAAUUGUAAACCUACACGCGACUUGAUGAUACUGCAUGGACAUUAUAUGUCACUUAUGUAUCUAUUACCAGCAUGUUUAC